UUGUCAUUUUACUUAUUUUUAUCUGAACAAAAUUAUGAGUCUGAAUAUAUAAUAGAAUAAACGGUAUACGAAAUAGUUUUAGCCAUUUUGAGAUGGACGAGCCGAAUCGAAAAUUAAGCUGGGCAGUCGGCAAGAAGACGGUUUUAUGUGUGGGAUACUCGGUGAUCGACUGCAUAUCGAUCGUUAGGCGAUUUCCAAGGAUCGAUGAGAUCGAGCGCAGCGUCAAGGGCUACUGGCAACGGGGCGGAAACGCGGCUAAUACUUGCACCGUUUUGCGGAAUCUGGGAGUGGACGUGGAAUUCUUUGGUGUGUUGAGCUCAGCGCCCAUGUUCAGCAUUAUGCUGCAUGAUAUGAAAGUGCGUGGCAUCAAAAUAGAUAAUUGUCCACGCUCCAAUCAGGAUCCGCCAUUCUCAUCGGUUAUAGUCAACAAGUCGUCAGGGACAUGCACCAUUGUCAACUGCAAUAACUCAUUUCCAUACCCAACUCUGGACGAUUUUAAGAUGCUCGAUCUAAGCAAGUACGGUUGGAUACAUUUUCGAGGCAAUAGACCCGAAAUCACCACUGAAAUGAUGCAGGCUGUGGAGGCCUAUAAUGCAACGCAAACGGAAAAAAUAGUCAUAUCUGUGGAUAUGGACGGAUCGUUUAAAGAGCACUGGCCGCUGGUUGACUACUGUGAAUACGCCUUCUUUUAUAGACAAUUGGCCGACCAACAGCAAUGGAAGUCGCCAAGGGAGGCCUGCAUCAGCAUCGACGAGCAUCUGGCCAUGCGAUUCGGCAUUAAUCUCAAGCGACCUUUAGUAGUUGUUCUAUGGAAUCUACAAAAUGUCGGCAUUAUGGACCACAAUAGCGAUUACCACCGUGCGACUGCCUACAGGCCCAAGAAAUUUGUCGACAGCCUUGGCGCAACGGAAGUGUUCGUUGGUGCCUUCAUCUAUGCCGUUUAUGUGCGCGAGCGUUCCCAUCAAAUCGCCGCCAACUUUGCCAAUCUGAUGGCCAGUUACAAAUGUAUUAAAUGCGGCUUCGAUCACAUUUCCGAUAUCUUGAUGGCACCUGUACUGUAAAUGUUGCAAUUGCAUUUUCCUAUUCGGGAAUGAAAAACUCCUUUGUGGUUAAGAA